GCACAGGCACCCAACGGUAAAACGGCUCAUUAGGAUGGUGAACACUGUCAAAUCAAAGGCUGCACAUGUCCUGACAAGUCAGCAGCAGGUAUUGCUUUUAUACACCAUCAAAUACUUCGAUAGCUUCCAGUGCAUUUUAAAACUUGACCAGUCACUCGUUGGAAAUUAACCUGAAAAGAGCAUUGAUUAUAUGACAAAGGAUGCGCAAGAGCUAUUUCAAAUAUUAUCGUCUCAGCUAUCCGAAGAAAGAGAAAAGCUAGAUCACUUGGGAACCCUUUCUUUAUUCGAUCAGACAGCCAUGAGCGAUAUUUUGAAUCCACCUUCGUCACCGCCUUUAGGGGCGAGGCACAAACGCUCCUUAUCUGUCAUAUCGUCAUCACUUUCCUUGUCUCAAUUAAAGCCUCUGGCAAAUGAAUUAAAUGGGGAGUCUGCGCCUUCGUCAGAAGGCGAAGGUAUAGAUAACAGGAGCAACGAGACUAAAGAUAAAGAGGAGCCUCUUGCCAUGAUAGCUAGUUUACUAUUGGAUGGGAGAGAACAAGAGAAGUUUAAUCGAGCCAAGAGUCCAUUCAUGGGUCUACUUGCAAGCAGGGUCUCGUGUGUCGAAUGCGGUUAUACAGCAGCAAUUCGGCACUCGACCUUUGAUAAUCUGUCAUUGACAGUUCCUCUUCAGUACUCGUGUAGCCUUGAUGAUUGCUUAAAUGCAUUCAUUCACCUGGAUACAAUCACGGAUUUCAACUGCCGGAAAUGCAGUAUACUAGCAGCAAGCAGGGAUCUGCAACGAAAGAUUGAGCAAAAGAAGCGAACAUUAGCAGAGAGUCAGGAACAACGAAACAGACAAAGAAAAGAAGAAACGAAUGAAAAGAAUUUGGCCGAUGAUCAUGACCAAAGUGUGAAAGAGGUUAUGGAUGAAUCCUCUUAUUCAGAGCCACAAUCUGAACUUGGCAUGGAUCGUCAACCUCUUGCCACGAAGGAGCCUGAGGAACGACAAAAUCAGUCCGAAAUUAGCCUUGAGGAGCUGGAGCAAUGGAAAAAAAAACUUGACCAAUGCCUUGCCAACAAUAUUGAGAUGGAUUUGUCACCCUUAGAGUUGGCCGCCGUACGUUCCAAAAAUACGACAAAGCACUCUAUGAUUGCAAAGCCGCCUCAGGCGCUGUGUCUGCAUCUGAACCGAUCUAUGUUUACAGCGUCAGGCCAAUUGGCCAAGAACCCAUGCAAGGUCAUUUUUGGAGAACGCCUUGACUUCACUAGAUUUACAACCUCAGGAUAUCUCACUACUGUUGCAACUAAGAGCAUGUCGAGGCGAGGUUCAAAUUCAAGCAUUUCCAUCAACCAUGGACAGUUUAAUAAUGGAUCAAAUGGAUAUAUGGCUGACAUGAGCCUCGGACUUGCCUCAGGAACAAGUGCUAGACCGGGAAUAUUUGCAAGGCGAGGAAGUAUAGGGCUCUAUUCUUUAUCUUCAUCAACAUCAUCAUGCAAUGAGUACGAUAGUCCAGAAACCAAGUUAAAUGGUCAGAGACAAGGGAGUUGGGACAAAGACAUGGAUGCCAGCGUUGAUGACAGUGUGAUAUAUUGUCUCUGGGCAGUGAUUGUUCACAUGGGAAGCCAUAACUCGGGUCACUUUGUCACAUAUCGGCGGAUUCCAUCUUUAACAAAGACUAAAUCUUUAAGUAAAUGGUGGAGGAUCUCGGACGAAGAUGUGCAGAUAGUCGAUUGGUCAACUGUCAAGACUGUAGAAGCAUACAUGCUCUUUUUUGAAAAGGAACCCUAAAUAUAUAUAUACAUAUAUGAAUCGUAGAAUGUAUAGUCAACCGUGCAAUAUGUUUGG